AUACGACGACUAUGUUGAUUUGAUUUCAUUUUUGCAAUUACGCAUACGAAAUUUUGAAUUUACACGUUGAUCAAUAGCGACAACUAGCGACGUUAUCGGUAACUAAAUUUUGUUAUUACGAAUGGUAUGGCUACUGAUGUUAACCGAAUAGUUUCGUUCGAGGUUAAGUGUUGAAUUUUUCUUAAUCCGAUCCUACAUGUUUUACUUCGAUUUAUAUUAAUUAUUUCAUUGAGAUUUUUAUAUAACUUGGAGGUGAUAAAAGAUGGAGCGCAACGAAGAAGAUUGGUCGAUAGAAUGUUCAGACGAUGAGAAAUACGAAAUGGAUGGAAAAAACGAAUGGACUUUGAAACCUGACGAUAUAUUAACAUUGAUCGAGGCCCUCGAAGCCAAUAACAGAGCUUUGGAACUCGACUGGAAGUGUCCAGGUAGAAGAGGUCCAUCACCUGUUCCUUCAAGCAAUCGUCAGCAAGAUAAUGGCUCGCAGGAGUACAAGACCGAAGAAAAGUCAGACUUUGAUUUCAUGGAUGAGAUGUCGUCGCCGAGAUUACCGGUUCGUAGAACUGGAGAAAGUACUCCAAAAGGAAGUGCUAAGAAGAAGACUGCAAGUUUUAACGGUGUACUAUCAACUAUGUUACGACAUCGUAGAUUAGAACAGCAAGAAAUUAAUUCGAGUCCAAAAAAGAUCGAAUCAUCCGUAUCAAAGAUGCAGCCAACGUAAUAAUCAUCCGUAUUAAAGACGCAGCCAACAUAAACGUUACAUUGAUGCAUUGCGGUAUAAAUGUUAUAUAUAUAUAUAUAUUUAUAAAUUAUAUUUAUAAUAAAGUUUAUAUUAAAUUUUGAUACACGAAUAGUAGUCAAAAUCUAAUUGGUUUACUAAUCGAAAUUAUAUAGAUCUGUGAUUGUAUUUUGGGCGAUUAUUAUUUAAUUAUAUACAUAUUCACGUA